AUGGAAAAUAAUAAGAAAGCAGAAAUUAUGAACGGCUUGUGUUGCCGAUUGAAUGUUCAUAGAAUGAUAGAAGAAAUCGAGAUAAAAGAAUUUCUACAGUACAGAUUGCUCAAAACGAGCCAUCUUACAAAAUCUCAUGUUCAUAAGAAGAAGUCUGAAACUGAAAUAAAAUUGUUCUUCUCUAUUCUACAUAGUCAAUCAUUUGAAAAGGAUAAAGUCCAUUGCGAACAUAACGACAAACAGUCUUCAAUUCUUAGAAAUCUGUUCCUAAAGAUCCCAGGUGUUCAGGUUAUAUUCAGUUCCCUCGAUGACAUGAAUUUAUAUUCACAUUCGUUGUCUAUAAUAAUUCAUGUGAAGUUAAAAACACUCCAAAGAAUAUUAGCAGAAUUAGAAAUGCCUUAUAACUGCAAUUAUCAUGAAUUGGCGCUUCAGUUAACAAUAGUAUUUCAAUCAAAUAAAAGCAAGACGAUCAUUUUAAAUAUUCCUGAACUUUGA